UUGCCCCGCUGGACAAAGUCAUCGUGCUGUAGAAGCUAAAGUAAAGCUGGCUGGAGAGAAAGUUGCGAUAUACUUAUUUAAUUUUCCAUUUUAAUUAAUUAAUUGAAAAAGUAUCUCAAACUUCUUGUCAUUAGCUAAAUACCUUUCUUUUCAUGAAGUCAAUGGUAGUGUGAGUAGAGAGCCAUGGAAGGUGAUUGGGGUCAAGGUCGUCCAUCGGGAGGGGAAGAAUUCAAUCCUCUCUCAGCAAUGGUGAAAGCAGUGGAUAUGCAAGAGGAGAGGAAUAAUGGCAGUUACCAAUUUAGCGGAGGGGCGGAACUAGUCAGACUUUCGGGGCAAGUAAUUAAUACAUUUAAUCAACAUCAAGGAGGUCAACCUGCUUCUGGGGAGAUAAGUUCAUGUCAACAAGAUCGUUCGGUUCCGCUCUCUGCCGCAACGAGUCAAGCGAGGGAGAAUCAGAUUAUCUCCAUCACGUCCCCUCAACAACGACACCUUUUAAACCUUUCACAUCGAACCCCCGAGAUGGCGACACAGCCUCAAAGUCAGGGUCAAUUUCCCAGUGAGAGAGUUCGAAUUUCCCCACGCUCCGUGGCCGCACAUAUGAAUCGCCAGUCAGCGACGCUCAUUCGCACUCCACCUCCACGAUUCACCAUUCCCCUCACUCCAGAAGGAUUGAUCGCAUAUCCGCCCAUGAUCCCGACUGCGGGGGCGCGGGCAUCACCGCCAAAUCCAUCCAGUUACCAAAUUUCGCUCGGGAUGCCACCCAGAGCGCCGAGUUUGUCCACGCCUGCGCAAUUUGGCGUCGACAGCAGUCCUUUUCCGCCAACGACGACACCGCAACGAUCAGUUUCGACACCACCGUUAAAUUUCCACGCAUCGGCUGAAUCUGGCAUGCGAAUUUUUCAAGUUCCACAAGCGCCGCGGGGAAUCUCGUCAUCGUCUGCACAGCCCAUGCCGAAAAAGGUCCCCUUCCAAAAGUAUGAGAUAGCACGGGCCGCUCUGAAUAGUGGGAUAGGAGCCUUGAUCCCGCCCCCAGCUUUUCCUCCCCUGCAUCGAGCCACAUCGCCCGCCAAGAUGGGCGUGUUCCCACCGCAUCGAGCUAUCUCACCGAGCAAAUUGUUGUCACCAGCAGUGGUGGGACAGAUAAGAUACGGUGACAGCAGAAUGAUACCAGUCCAACCAGUCCGGCCGAAUAAUGUGACUGCGACAAUUUCGCCCACCGCCACGACUGAGGUACGACUUCCCUCGUUUAACAAUACGUUUGGCGGCAGCGGGGGUGCUGAUGGCGGUCAGCCGCAGCAACCUUUCGUGACGUGUCAACCAUCAGGUCAGCUUGGGAUGAAUAUUAAUAACACGCCGACGACAACGACAUCCCUGCUACGACCGGAAGUGACGGGACAAAAAAAUGUGAAGCAGCGGGUGUCCAAGAAGAAGGUAAAGGUGGAAGGUCAACAGGCCGAGAGGAAGGGCAGAGGUCCCGACAAGAAUAAGCGGGCGAAAAGAGGAAGUAAUAGUAAAGAGGUGGAUACCCUCUUCAAACUGAAAACUGAAAUGCCUGGCUCAAGGAACGACAUGGUGGCGCCUGACAUUCCUGAAGUAAUGGAUCAACAAGGUCAACCAAUGACUCUGACAAAUCCUUCCCAAGAAGGAGCAAGGAAAAGCACAAAAGGAAACCGAGUUUCAACGGGAAAUAGGAAAAAUGCCAAUAAAAAGUCAUUCCCGACCGUGGUAGUUCCCUUGGAAAGUGCCAUGGAGCAAGUUAGUCUUGGGGAUUUCGCCAAGAUGACCUUUUCAUCGACCACAACCACAGUUCCUCCAACGGUGGCAUCUUCGUCGACAACAACCACUGGUCCAUCGGUGAUGACUACAAUCAAAAUUCCUGCAACGACGACCUCUUCUUCCGAACAAGUCGGCCCUCCCACCCACGAGGAGAAUGUGGUUGAAAAUGGAAUCGUAAAAACUGAAUCGCUGAAGCAAACGAUCAUGCCUCCUCCUCCGCCACCUGUAGUUUCGACUUCUGCGUCGUCAUCGUCGAGUUGCAGGCCACAUUUUGUGGUGAAGAAGGGUAGACCCAGGAAAUCAGAGGGAAAAAGGCAGCCUGCUCCGCGGCCAUCAAGGAAACGGCUAGAUAUACCGCCCAGACAGCAAGUUAUCGACCUCAAAAAAUACAACCCCACCGCAGAGGAGCAGAAGGAACUUUAUGCGAACGGGUGUUUUUUAGUUGAAGCAGGGAAAGUCGGGCUAGCCCCAAUGAAGACGACCCUCUACCGCGUCCACAUUAUGGAGGACAAGUCAAUCACGCUCCAAAAAUAUGAACCAGUGGACCUCAGCGGGAGAGAAUUUCAUAGAGCGACGACCUCCAUGCUCGUUGUGGACGCGAGGGACAAAUCAUUUUUUCAGCGCUAUCAUCCAGUCUACGUUUUGAAAAUUAUUGACACGGCUAAAGUUUCAGUGUACCAGUACAUCCAUGUCGACCAUAUAACACCAUACUUGCUCAAAAUUCGAACCACGAAGCAUCUCUUUGGCGCAUUUUACACCGUUGCGGAGCUAAUUUUUCGCCAAGUUAUUCACAACGGGGAUUUUAUUAAGGCGCGGAUUGACACGACCUCGGAAAUUUAUGACCCCUUAGCGAAAGAGGCCUGGGACAUAUAUCAUGCAGCUUGUCGAGAUCGAGCGAAAGAUUUGAUGGGUGUGUCGGGAAUUGCGAGUGGAUUUUGGCGCCCGUUCAUCCAGUUCCCACAAGUUCGCUUUUCCAGAAGAGAUAGGGUCCCGAAGGGAGAUAAGAAAAAUUGUGGAGCUUGCAUUCAACGAUCACGCAUCGCUAACUUUUUCGGCGUCUUUCGGAGGAUGAUUUACGACGAGGUCUCAUUCCAGCCGGAGUUCUUGAAGGAUUCCAACGUCAAAGAGGAGAGAAAUAUGUGUGGCCUGUGCAAGAUAAAAGUGUAUCUUGCCUGGAAACUAACACACCACUCGUGGUAUGUCUACAACGCUAUUCGCAACUAUGUGGUUGAGCUUGUCGAAGAACUCGACGAAGACGAGAAGCUGAACCCUAAAGAAGUCAUCGACUCCUUACUUGGCGACUACGAGUGGUUGGCACGGACUUUCCUCGAUUUUCAAGUCCUUUUGGCAGAAAGUGAUUACGCAAUUGGGCGUUGUAUAGACCAGAAUAGACGAAAAGGUGCGAGCAACAGCCUCGUGGAAGACGACUAAUAAACAGUUGACUGAAAUUUGAAGACUGAGGCUCAAUUAAAUUUGACUAAAAACUUAAUUAAUUCAUCCUUAUUAAUCAGCGCCGUUUGGUCUGAUAACGUUCGUGUUCCUAAAAAGUAGACUUGAUAAUAAUUAAUUAAAUAAAUAUAAAUAAACUUGUGUUCAUUUCCACAUUUGGUGUAUUAUCUUU